UGCAGCUUCUUACAUUCCUGCACAUUAAAAUUGCUGUACCAGACCAUGAUUCAACCAGUCAGGAUACUUUCAACAGUACAUCUGUAUAACUGUUCAGUGAUACGCAGAACCUCCUUAACCUGCCCAGAAAGUGAAGACACCUGCGCGCUUUCCUUAUGAUUGCAUCUAUAUGCUGGGCCCAGGACCUGUCAUCCGAUAUUAUGGAAGCAAUCUCAAUUUUGAUUCUCAAGAUGAAGAAGUACUUUCCCAUCCAAGUCCUUAAUUAUGAGGCUGAUUCCUGGUUCUGGAAACCACACCCCAAUAAGACACCAAACUUGCACACAGGUGCAUCGGAUGGUUGGAAAUCUUCAGUCGGGUCUUCAGCAGGAUAAAUUCAGUGUGAACUUAUCCUGCUGCCGUUUCGCCCACUCAUUGAGUCCAUCAACGUUCCUUUGCAAUUCUGUUCCCAUCUGCACUAUUUACUCCGCCCCUUAAUGUUUUCCACAAACUUUGUUUAAAAUGCGCCUUUAUCUAAAUUCUCUCAUAACGCUCAGAGCGAUGAUUUGUUUCAAACUGCAAGAAUAUCAAGCGCUUGAAGACAACACUGAAAAGUGCAACUUUUGCACACAGUUAAUGUGCAAAUAAUUCACAUUAAAUACCGACGCAGGUUUUCAGCGAACGCGCUCACUUCCCGCUGCCGCACGUCCCCAAUUGGCUGGACGACCGGCCGCCAGCGGAGACCGCCCUUCAUCCUAUUGGUGCAGAUACACACGUCAAUCACACGGGCAAUGUCAACUGAGCAUGCGCAUUUCCGGUGCCGGAGGGUGACGCAACAGGAUCUGGAUAUCACUGAACAGAACAGGAGAAUAUUUACCUCUUUUGCCUGUGGAAAAUGUUUCUAACAUCAGGGUGAAUGGAGUGUCACUGAGGCACGUGUACUGAACUGGGAGUGUCCCAGUUCACCAACUGUGGAAACAGCUUAAAGCAGAUGAACAACCUGAAAUAAAAUUUGCACCAUUCGCAGUGAAGAGGAGCUGUGUACGGGUUCCACAUGUGGAGGAGGCUUCCAUUCAUUCCCCAAUCUAGAAAGACACAAGGACAUUCGGACCAUGGAGAAACUGUGUAAAUGUGGGGAGUGUGGGAAAGGAUUCAGUUAUCCAUCCCAGCUAGAAACUCAUCAGCGUACACACACAAAGGAGAGGCCAUUUACCUGCUCCAUGUGUGGGAAGGGUUUCACUCAGUCAACCCACCUGGAGACGCAUGUCCUCGCGCACACAGGCGAGAGACCAUUCAACUGCUCGGUUUGUGGGAAGCAAUUCACUCGGUCAUCCAACCUGCUGAGACACCAGCGAGUUCACACUGGAGAAAGGCCUUUCACCUGCUCCUUGUGCGGGAAGAGAUUUACUCAGAUGUCCAGCCUCCAGAAACAUCAACUCGUUCACUCUGAAAAGAGAACAUUUAAUUGUUCUCACUGUGAGAAAAGCUUUAAAAGCUCAGAGGUUCUGCUGAGACAUCAGCGUAUACACACAGGGGAGAGGCCAUUCACCUGUAAUGUGUGUGGGAAGGGAUUCACACAGUCAACCCACCUGCAGAUACAUGAGCGAGUUCACACUGGGGAGAGGCCAUUCAGCUGCUCCAUUUGCGGGAAGGGAUUCACUUGCUCAUCGAACCUGUUGACACACCAGAGAGCUCACACUGGGGAGAGGCCUUUCACCUGCUCCCUGUGUGGGAAUGGAUUCACUCAGCUAUCCCACCUGCAGUCCCACCACCAGCGAGUUCACACCGAUGAGAGAACAUUUCAUUGCUCCAAAUGUGGGAACAGCUUCAAAAACUCAGGAGAUCUGCUGAGUCACCAGCUUGUUCACUCGGGGGAGAAACUGUUCAGUUGUUCUGUCUGUGGAAAGGGAUUCAGUCAUUCAUCCAAUCUGCUGCGGCACCAGCGGAUUCAUCCUGGGAAGAUACCUCUGUCCUGCUCAGUGUGUGGGAAGGGAUUCACUCAGUUGUCCCGACUACUGUCACACCAGCAAUUUCACAAGUGAUUGUAGAGUUUUGGUUCUGUUCUUACAACAGCUGUGAAUCACAUCCAGAGCUGAUCAUUCUGGCAUUUUGGGUUUGAUUCUGUUUGUAAUAUCGAUAUCUCAUCUGGAGUUUCAUAUUCUAUAAAAGUGUAAGGAUCAGCUUUCUUUUAAAUAACUGGGGUUUACUCCUUGAAAUUCAAAAGCUGAACUAAAUCCAUCUUUAAAGUGAAUUCCUGCAGCUUGUUAAGAGAGAGAUCUACAAUACCUCUCCUGUAUUUUUCACAGCCAGGACCAGAUUAAUAAUCCAAAUCAAAUCUCACUCAUGAAAUAUUUUCAUAUGUAAAUGGAUACUGAUAUUUUUAAUCAUAGACAUGAAGACAUAAAUAUAUUUUCUGCUAAGAUUUCUAGCAAAAACAAGCCAAUAAUUGUUUCCUUUUUUAAAAUAUGAAAUUGUGACUGAUAUUUAUAGAUGUCUGCUAUCAUAGUUUGAAAUCAUGUGUACAGCCUUUAUCAAUCCAAGAAACUCAGCAACAAUCUCUAUUUUUUUAUACAUUCAAUAUUUUAUCAUAGAUUUAAAAAUAUUCGCUGCUUUAGAAAGUAAAAGAAAACAAUAUAGGUUUGCUUUUGGAUGCUUCUCGGGAUUAAUGUGAUGUGUUACACUGCUUCCAAAAGACUGUUCUGGGAAUGGUCUCUAUUUACCGCAUUCUAGAUGCAUAUGUGCCUCAAGACUUUUUCUGAUAAUGUUUUGAUAUGUUGAUAGCAGAGAAAGAUGUGCUCACAAAUAAAUGCACUGCCAAAGUCAAGUUUC